AUGUCUGACAGUGACACCAACAUCCCUUUCCCUGACAUUGACCCUUACGAGGUGCUCGGCGUGAAUAAGUCGGUCACCGAGAAGGAGCUCAAGAAAUGUUACAGGAAACUUAUGCUGCGUUGCCACCCAGACAAGACUAAAGACUGGACCCCAGAAGCCAAAGAGAAGUUUCAUAAGAUACAGUUUGCGUUCGAGGUGCUCGACAAGUUCAAGGAGACUUAUGACAAGACAGGCUCCGUCGAGGCCUGUUUCAAAGGCUCAGAUUUCGCAGACUGGAAGGACCUUUUCGACAUGGACGUUGCGAUAAACAAAGACACGAUUGCAGCUGACAAGGCCGUGUACAGGGGCAGCACUGAUGAAUCACAGGACAUCCGCGACUCCUGGCAAGCCAAUGCGCAAGGCAAAGUAAAAAAACGCUACAAUCCGGACGAAGACCAGUUUACACUACUUUUCCAGGAAGUGCCACACAUAGAGGCCAACGAAAGCGACGAGGCUUAUCUCUUCAAUCUGGUUUCCGAACUGUUGAAAAAAGGCGAGAUCACAGACUCUGACGGCAGCUUCGAGCGCUGGACGAAGAACAGGAAAAAGUACUUGAGGGCUCUUCAGAAAAAGCUUGCCAAGGAGGAAAAACUCGCCGAGGAAAUGCUUUCGCAAAUGGAGGAAAAGAACGCUGUCUCGGACGAAGCAGAACUGAAAAGGGCUAUUCAAAAGAAGAACAAAAACUCGUUUGACUCUUUGAUAUCGAGGCUUGAGAGCCAAGCUAAGAGCAAGAACAAACGUAGAAAGCACGCUGAGCCCGACGAUGAAGAAUUUGAAAAAAUAAGGUCAAAAAUAUCCAAGAAGCGCGGAUGA